UUGAACUUGACAGGUGCACGUGUGUUUUGUUGACAAACACCAUCAAUGACAGCAUUUAUCAUGUUUAUGCGUUAGUUGCCAAGUCAUGCAACUUUUUUUGCUCAGUAGUGGUUCGGCAGUGUUUUACCGAUUGGUUUUCUUGUAUUGUGUACAUCAUUUAUGGUUGAAUUAGAGAAACAAAUCGACAGAACAUUUUUUGUGAAAUUUACCCUUGAAUUUUAAAUAUGCAACCUGUGAAGCUAGUCACUCUGGAUGUGACAAACACAGUUAUACGAGUUGUUGGAGGCGUUGGCUUUCAGUACGCUAAUGUAGCAAAAGUACACGGAGUAAAACUGAACCCUGACGACGUCAGUCGAGCAUUUCGACAAAAAUGGAAAGAACACAAUAAACUUCAUCCUAUCUUUGGGAGCAAAAAUGGUUUGACAUCCCGCGAGUGGUGGAACGGUCUGGUAAAGAAAACACUUACACAGAGUGGAAUGGAUCUAGAGGAUGAUGCACUAGGUACAGUUUCUCUAGAGAUCUGCAAGCAUUUUGAAACUGAGGGCUGGAUGUUGAUUCCACAGUCAGUCCGAGUGUUACAGGAACUGAAGGAGAGGAACCUGACAGUGGGGGCUGUAUCAAACUUUGACGAUACUCUAGAAAGUGUCUUAAAAAGGAUGUCUAUUCAUCAUUACUUUGACUUUGUUCUUCCUGCAUGGACUGCAGGCUGUGCUAAGCCAGACCCAGAAAUCUACCUCCAAGCUCUGGAUGCUGGUGGAGCAACCGCUGCCGAGGCCAUUCAUGUAGGGGAUGAUCUUCAAAAUGAUUAUCUGGGACCUAGAAAAGUCGGAAUCAGGAGCAUUUUAUUUUGUCCAAAUGCCUCCAAUAUUCCAACAGAUGUGGACUGCUCUAUUACAGAUCUGUACGAUAUAUUUAAAUAUUUAUAAAUUGAGAGCAUUCCUUUACCGGUAUUUUGUUUCUUCUUAUAAAUAAUGAAAGAUGAUAUCAUUAAAACCAAAUAACUCACUAGUAUUUAAGCUGAUCAAAACUAACAUUUGAAUUCUGCAUAUUCUCAAAUACCACUUAAGUUACGGUACUAUUUUUAAUUACGAGCUGUUUGACACAACAUUUCAUAAUACAUGUACAGCCAACCCUGUCAUUUUGAACUCAAUGGGGCAGAGAUAAAGCUUCGUGUUAUUAAAUAUUUUAAGAUUUAUAGGUAAAAUGUGCAUAAUAAACCAUGGUUGGAAUUUCCAACCACUUCAACAUAUCCAGGUUAUUCAAUUUGAUUUUCAAAAUAAAGAAGUUAAACUCCGUAUUGGUGUAUGAAAUAUUAUACUGGCCUACAGCAGCUUUAAUUCUUUCUUAAAAUCCAAUACAGUAUUCUGUAUUAAAAGAAGAUCUGGGUGCUCAACACUUUAAAAUUCUUUCAUACUUUAGUGUUUAGUCUUUUGCUUAACAUCCGUUAGCUUGGUGGUGUUCCACACUUGAACUUCAGAUCCUCGCAAGAAACCACUUUGGUAUUCCAGAUUCAUUUACCAAUAAGAACAAAACGAAUUCAUUUUAUAUCACUUUAAUUUAUUAUGUUGUAUAUUACAUGAUCUGUACACGACAUGACUGGUUUAUGACCUAUUAAUUCUAUACAGUUUACAGUUGUAGCUACUACACAGAUUGGUUUUCAAGAUCUUGGCUUAAAUAUUAAAUCUGAGAAGUAACAAAUCUGAUUCUCUUUAAUAUCUUUUAUUCAAAAUUUUUCAGUUUCCCCUUCAUUCAUAACCUUGAAACCCACCCUCUUUUUGUCUGAAGAUUAUGAGCAAACUAUCACACAACAAAUAAACCAUUUUUUUUCUACUAAAUGCUUAAAUGCACAAGAAAUAUCAAUUUCGCUAUCAAGAGUGCACACUUGUGAACCUAGAUAAGACUAUGUAUCAAGUCUAUCCACAUUCAUAGUCUACCAAUAUCAAAUUAUAUAAAUUAUCAUAUUCCAUACAACUGAUUGAAGUGACAGUCUUCUUCAUUGUUUUAUGUAGAGUUAUUUUGAAAUUGCAAAAAAAAAAAAAAAAAAAAUGAUGAAAAUU